AUGAAGCCCUCCACAGUCCUCCUCUGUCUCGUCCCGACGAUAGCCCUCGCCGCCGACCAGGCGCCGCCGCCGCCCGCCACGCCCUCGUUGCCCAACGCCAACCCGCCCGCCCCGUUGCCUCAGAUCCCGACUCCGAUAAAUAACCCCGACGACGAUGAUGACUCGACGUUACAUCUGGAGGUCCGUCAGGUCCAGGCGGUCGCAGACUCCGACGCGACCAGGGUGCUGGAUCAGUGGCCGGAGCCUGCCAGCGGCACGAUCGGUCUGGGCACGCUGACCUCCUCGCCGGGGAAAACCAAGGCCCUCCGCGCCCGCAGCGAGGGCACGCUGGGCCAGACGCCUUGGAUCGGCAUGGCCAUCGGGUUGACCUGUACGGCCCUGGCGGCGGUCAUGCUGGGAUGA